AUGCCCACGGUUCACCUCCUGGAUUACGUGGCCGGCAAUAUCCGCAGUCUGGUCAAUGCCAUUGAGAAGCUUGGCUACGAGGUUGACUGGAUCAGAUCUCCCGAAGAUGUGCCCCGGGCAGAGAAACUCAUUCUGCCUGGCGUCGGCCACUUCGGCCACUGUAUGACCCAGCUUGGCCAGGCGGGCUAUUUGCCUGCCAUUAAAAAGCACAUUGAUGCCGGCAAACCAUUCAUGGGCAUCUGUGUCGGCCUUCAAGCCCUCUUUGAAGGUUCAGAAGAGGAUCCUGAGGUUCCCGGACUCGGCCUGGUUUCUUCCAAACUCACAGAGUUUGAUGACUCGGACAAGUCAGUACCGCACAUUGGAUGGAACAACGCCAACACUGGAGGCAAGGUCAUGUACGACCUGAGCCCAGACUCAAAAUACUACUACGUCCACACUUACAAAUCCCCCUACAACAAGGCCGACUUCGAAGCCCAGGGCUGGACAGUUGCGACGGGAACCUACGGAAACGAGACUUUUGUCGGCGCCAUUGCAAAGGGCAACAUCUAUGCCACCCAAUUCCACCCCGAAAAGUCAGGCGUUGCUGGCCUCCGAACGAUUCGGGCCUUUUUGACGGGCUCUGGAGCGCAAAACCUCGGAGCCGUCAUGCCAUCCGGCGCGGCGUCAACCGAGCUCAAGGACGGCCUCACUCGCCGACUCAUUGCCUGUCUCGACGUCCGAACAAAUGACCAGGGCGAUCUGGUCGUCACAAAGGGUGACCAGUACGAUGUCCGUGAAAAGGGAGCUGACCGCAAUGUCCGAAACUUGGGCAAGCCCGUGGAGAUGGCCAAGAAGUACUACGAAUCCGGCGCCGAUGAAGUCACCUUCCUCAACAUCACCUCCUUCCGGGACUGCCCUCUCGCCGAUCUCCCCAUGCUGGAGGUUCUUCGACAGACCUCACAGACCGUCUUCGUACCGCUCACCAUCGGUGGUGGAAUCCGCGAUACCGUCGACAUCGACGGCACCAAGGUCUCGGCCCUGGACAUCGCCACCAUGUACUUCAAAUCCGGCGCCGACAAGGUCUCCAUCGGCUCCGAUGCCGUACUCGCCGCCGAAGAAUACUACUCCCUCGGCAAGAAGCUCUUCGGCAACACGGCCAUUGAGCAAAUCUCCCGCGCCUACGGCAGACAAGCCGUCGUCGUCAGCAUCGACCCCAAGCGCGUCUACGUCCCCAAGCUCGACGCCACCCGCCACGCCAUCAUCAACACAAAGUUCCCCGGCCCCAAGGGCGAGGCCUUUUGCUGGUACGCCUGCACCAUCAAGGGCGGCCGCGAGACCCGCGACAUGGACGUCGUGGAGCUCACGCAGGCCGUCGAGGCCAUGGGCGCCGGCGAGAUUCUGCUCAACUGCAUUGACAAGGACGGCACAAACAGCGGCUUCGACCUUGAGCUCAUCGAGCAGGUGAAGAAGGCCGUCAAGAUUCCCGUCAUUGCGUCGAGCGGUGCUGGUAACCCGGGCCACUUUGAGGAGGUGUUUGAGAAGACUACUACGGAUGCCGCGCUUGGUGCGGGCAUGUUCCACAGAGGAGAGUACACUGUAAAACAGGUCAAGGAUUUCUUACAGGAGAAGGGCUUAGUGGUGCGACAAUUUGAGGGAGACCUAUGA